AUGAUUCAAUCAGACUAACUAAAUAUUGAUGAAAAAACAUUGUUGGAAACAAUAGAUAGGAUUUCUUUAUAAUUAGAUCAAUUUGAGUAUAAGAUGAAGUCUAAUUUGUAAGUCUUGAUUCUUGUUGGUGAUACAGGAUCAGGAAAAAGCACAAUCUUCAAUUUUCUCUGUGGAGCAAAAUUCAAAUACGUUAUCAACGAUGACGAGGAGUAUUUAGAUUUGGCUGAUAAAUCAGAUUAAUAUUCAGAGAUGAGCAGCGGAAUGAAAUCUGUUACCAAAGAGCCAAAGUAUUUUUACAAUGAAACCUUCAAUCAUUUAUUGAUUGACUUCCCAGGAUUUCAUGACACGAGUGGAGAAAUAAGUUAGUUAAUUAUUUAGAUGAUUUUCUAUAAAUUUAUUACCAAAUCCAAUGUAAAAAUAGCAUAUGUACUCUUUCAUCCAUAAACAAAUUUUAUUAGCAGAGGCAUUGCAUUACAGUAAUUUAUAAAAACAGUUUUUAAAGAGAAAAAUUUGGAGAUCUCUAAACUUGCACUUAUUUUGAAUCAUUUUAAUGAAAAUAUGAAGGAAGAAAAAUUAAUUAUAAAUGUUUAAAAACAACUAAAAGAAGUAGAAACAGUCAAACAUGAAUGGAUUUCCGUUAUUAGAAGAAUUAAUAGCCCAGAAAAAUUGAAUGAAGUUUUCUCAGAAGAGAAUAGAGAAAAACUGUGGUUCGAAUUAAUUACUGUAAAUGAAAUACCAUUCUAACCUUAAUUUUUACCAUAUAGUGAUAGAAUCAGUACAUAUAUUACUGAAAAGAGUAAUUUAAUAUUAAAUUUGAUUUUCUAAAAACUGAAGGAAAUCAAUGAUGAAUAAUUCAUUUUAUUACAAAGUCUAAUCGGUUCUAUAUAGCACAUUCUAUCAACUACACCUGAACAUACUGAAGAUUGGUUUAACAAAUUUAUUAAUGUUUCAUUAGAAUUAUCCUAAACAUUUCAUUUUGAAAAUGAUAUCCAUGAAAAAAGUUAGAAUUUUCUAAAGAUUUUCAAUUUCUUUUCAUUUUUCUCUGAAUUCAUUUCAGGCUACUCAACAUUUGAAAAACAUUGUUUAUAAGUUCAAUAGAAAUGUUCUUAUUUCUUAGAGACUUUAUAAAAAAAGAUAGAGUUACAAAGAGUUAAUGAAGAAAAAUUAAGAGAAUAAUAAAAUAGAAUUAAGGCAGAGCAAUAAUUGAAUACAGAAUCACAGAUUAGAAUAUAAAAAGAACAAAUGUAUGCAUAAGAGUAUGAAAACAGAAUUAGGUAUGAACAAUAAUUAAAAAUGGAAUAGCAAUUAAGAAAUGUUAUAGAAUAGGAUAAAAAAGGAAUGGAAUAGCAAUAUAAGGAUUAUUGUGAAAAGUCUCUUUAAAUAUAAAACAAUCUACAAAAUCUGAUUUAAACUGAAAAAGUUUAAAAAUAAUAAGUAGAGUAAGAUCUUAAAAGAUAAUUGCAAGAUUUAUAAAAUAAAUUAAAUGAAAUGGAAUAAAGAAGAAAAGAAUGGUUAGAACAUAGAGCUAAUCAUCCCCCUCAUCAUGGUCCAGGACAUGGACACCACGGUCCUCCUGGCCACCAUGGAUGGUUUAAAAAAUGA